GGUGUAUCUGUACAGGAGCUUGCUGUGUCGCGAGAAGAGAAAACACGAAACUGAAGACUGGAUGCAGAACAACUGUUGCAUAGCAACAGUGACGCUCCGCAUGAAACUCUAUCGGGGCUUUGCUACACCGCAGUUGAAAAAUGGCUGAGGCAAAAAGACUUUCCUCGUUGGAAGAGCAGAGGAAACCACAGUCAUCAAAGUCAGAGAGGCCUCACAGACUCGUGAAUCAGCCUUCCUCUGUUUCUCGAAAGACCUCCCUUCCAAUGGAUCUUCUUGCCAAAGAGGAAGAAUACAAACGUAUGAAUGCAAAGCUGGAAGCAAAAACUGCUGAACUUGUCAGACAAGCUGAAGAGGUUAUGAGAGAACAAAAUGAAGUGUUAUCAAGACCAAUCGCUACCCAUAUAAGUCUUGGCAUCGAGGAUGAAAAUGAAGAAUUAAUGAACCUGGACUCACAAGCACCUGCAUUAAAACAGCCCUCAGCAAAGGCGUUGGCAAAGACUUCUCCAAACCCACACAAAACUGGGCUUCCUUCUGGAAACAGAACAAAAAAGGCACCAAAAACCGCCAAAGACUGUCCUGCAAACGAUGUUGCGAUUCUCGAAGACUUUGUGGACUUUUCUUUGGCUAAGACCAUUAGUGCCAUUGAGGGGAAAGUGGAAGAAGGAGGAACACUGGAGAAUAUCAAUGAUGAUGUUAUGCCGAGUGUUGGUAAUGAAAUGGGUUCAGAGGCUCAGAUUCGUUUUCUUAAGGCAAAACUUCGAGUGUUGCAAGAAGAAGUGAACAGGCUCUCUCAGGAAUAUAACAAGAAGGAUGAUGAAAACGCCAGUUUGAUCAACAAGUUGAAGGAUGUGGAGGAUGACCGUGCCAGAUUGCAGCGGAUAACCAACCUUCAGCGAAGCCAGCUAGAGAAGCACAAAGUCCUCGCCGAAGACUCCAACAGGAAAUGUGAGGGCCUGCAACAUGAGGUCAUUGCUUUACAAAAGGAAAUAGAGGGCUUGAAGAGAACCCAGAAACAGGCAACAACCAACCACAGUGCUACUGAGCUCAGGCUCAACCGAGCUCUGGAGGAGGCAGAGAAAUUCAAGAUGGAACUCAACAAGAUAAAGCAGAGUAGUAAGGACGCAGCCAGUCAGGAUCACCUGAAGAUGGAGUCUUUGCAGGCAGAAAACAAGAAGCUAGAGAGACAGAAAGCAGAACUCAUAUCAGGAUUUAAGAAACAACUCAAACUUAUUGACGUAUUAAAAAGACAAAAGAUGCACUUUGAAGCUGCAAAAAUGCUGUCUUUUACUGAAGAGGAAUUUAUGAAGGCUCUUGACUGGGGAAAAUCAUAGAAGACGACAUGCAGUACAAUCAAGAUCUCAAUCAAGAGGGAAAUAUUCGUAUUUUUCAUGGACGAGCACAUAAAAAGCGCUAGUUCUAAUUGAUACUGUCAAGGGACUUAUAUUUUUGAUUCUAGAUAUGUUUCGGGGGGAAAUGGAUUUCAGUACUUUGUACACUUUUUUUUCUUCAACUGUUCAUUCAAAUAAAUACGAUCCCACACA